CGGAAACUUCCUUUUGAUCGUCAGAGAGAACGCUAAAACGGUGAGUAGCAGACCAACGAACAGAAGAGUCCCCAAAUCAGAGGUUCGAAUUAGGGUUUUCCUCUCCCGAGCUAGAAUCGCAAGUCGAAGGUCAAGAACAAGGAAUGGUGUGCGACAAGUGUGAGAAGAAGCUUUCGAAGGUGAUAGUGCCGGACAAGUGGAAGGAAGGUGCCAGUAACACCACCGAAGGCGGUGGCCGGAAAAUCAACGAGAACAAGCUCCUCUCCAAGAAGAAAAGGUGGACUCCGUAUGGAACUACCAAGUGCAUCAUUUGCAAGCAGCAAGUACACCAGGAUGGCAAAUACUGUCACACGUGUGCUUACUCCAAAGGAGUUUGUGCGAUGUGCGGGAAGCAAGUACUUGAUACCAAGCUUUACAAACAAAGCAAUGUAUAAGGCAAAUCAGAUGUUUGGUUGACACACUCUAUAUGGUGUGAUGACUCGUAGAAAACUUGUUGAUUUCUUAUGAAUCAUACUCAUCCCGGACCCCUGGGCAUCAAGCGAGAGGAUUUACCGUAUUUGUAAUUUUCGGAUGUGAAUGUUAAUCUUUAGUCUUUUGAUCAUUUAAAUCUAGUAAAAAGGCUUAGCUUGUGAACUUUUGAAUGCAAGUUGUAAGAUUUGGUCCGAAUGCCAUAUGACAUUUUUCUUCCUGCGCA